ACUUAUGAGAGCGUAGCGCGCGGUGAUGUCACGCUCUGUCCCGUAAUCUGCGUACACUAGAGUCUGUGAUUCACAGCCGGCCCCGCCUCGCUCUUCCUCGGGAAACUCUCGGCUUUAAGUUACGGGGUUCACAGCUUUGGCCAGUGGUCAGGAUGCUGCGCUGGUUAGAAGUGUCCAUAAUGAUCCUGUCUGCACUGGGCAGCGUGCGUCCUCUGCGCCAAAAAGCCGUAGCCGUGUGCCUGUUGCGCGCGGAGGAGGGGCCGUGUCGAGCGGACAUCCAGCGUUUCUACUACAACACUUUGACCCAGAAGUGCGAGCACUUCUCCUACGGGGGCUGUCAGGGCAACGCCAACAACUUCCGCACGUACCUGGAGUGCCACAAGACCUGCUUCCGAAUCCCAAAGGUCCCUGUGAUGUGCCGCCUGCCCCAGGAGUCGGGCCCCUGUCGCGCCAUGCUCUGGAGGUACUUCUUCAACAUGAGCUCUCUACAGUGUGAGCCCUUCUACUAUGGAGGCUGCCACGGCAAUGCCAACCGCUUUCUCAGCCUGGCUUCCUGCUCCGACCUCUGCAGCCCCACCAAAGAUGUCCCUGUCCUAUGUCGAGACCCUCUGGACAAAGGGACAUGUUCGGCAUCCAUCCCUCGCUUCUACUACAACCCCAAGUCACAGAUGUGUGAACAGUUCCUCUACUCAGGCUGUGGGGGCAGCAGCAACAACUUUGUGUCCAGGCAGAGCUGUAUGGACGUGUGUGUCCCAGCAAAGGCAGGACACAAAAAGCACUUAGUCCAGAGGAAAGUGCGGCGCAUGGGACACAGCAAGAAGCAGUGGAAAUUCCGAACCCCUUCUGAGCCCUUCUGACCCCUUGUGACCCGCUCGAAGGCUUCAUAAUGUAUCUGACAAAUGUGUACUCUGGAUCCCGGGCAAAGUGCUGUCCAUGGAGUGUUCAACUUCAUCUACAAACAUUUUUUACUGACAAAAACACUCGGGUUGUUGGAGUCACUUGCUUGUCUCCAUGGCAAUUGUUAAGAUUUAUACAAUUCUGUGGAACAUUACAGGCAAAACCACAUCUCCCUGGAGAAUAAAAGGUUUCAAGGUCUCGUCCUAUAACACACAGACUUCCACAGUUUCCAGCGGAGUCAGUCUCUAACUCAUGGAUUUGUUGGAACUUGACUAUAUAUAUAUGCAUACUUACAUUUUUAAUGUAUUUAAUGUGAUAAACCAAAAUGAGGUUGUAUAAAAAUUUUAAAGUGAAAGCAAAGAACAAAAACAAACAGCCUAAAAAUUCAUAUGUUUCUAUGGUGAAAGAAAGGCCAAGAUUACAACAUGAAUGUAUUUCUAUCAGGCAGAGGUGGGUAGAGUACUUACUUCAAGAGUUACUUCAAAGUAAUUUUACUCAAAGAGAUGUACAAAGUAGUGAUCCAUAAAAUGACCCAAGUAAGAGUAAAAAAGUAUUUGGUGAAACUACUACUCAAAUAAGAGUAACUUUAGAUUAACUGAUGGGUUGUAACAUCUGAUUUAUAAUUUUAAGUGAAAUGGAAGAACAAAACAUUCAAUAAUGCCCUAAAACAUUCAAUAAUGCCCUAAAAAUGAGACAAACUAAAUCAUAUCUGAAGAAGUGCUGCAAGAAACACAAAUGUGCAAAUCAUUUCAUAUCAUUACAUAAAGCACCUGUACACUUACUCACUUGUAGACUUACAGUGGGAAGAGUAAUCAAAACUUUUACUCAGGUAUGAGUACUGUUACACUGUACAGAAUAUUACGGAAGUAGGAGUAGUAGUAGAAGUAUAGGAUCUGAAAACUACUCAGAAGUAGCAAAAGCCGAAGUUAAAUCUGUCAACUGGACAAAACAUAGGAGUGAAGAUGUUUGACUGUUCAUCCAAGCUGCUUCUUCAGUUCUGGUCAGAUUACAGGUGGACAGUGCUUUAUAUCUAUCAGAAGGAAUAGAUUUUCUAUGGAGAAGAAUUGUGGCUUUAACCAAAAUGACCAGAACAUAGCUGUUAUCUUCCCUUAUUGUGAUAUAUGACCACUGCUGCAUGGUGGGAAACAGAACAUUUUGCAGCAAAGUAAGCAAUGUAUUACAUUUGUAUAUUGUCCACAUUACUCAAGUAAAUGAAAAUGAGUACUACUCACCUCUGUUAUAUGAUUAUCACUGAGCUGUUUCCAACUGUUGCACUGACUGUAUUUUGUAUUAUGCACUGUUCACCGUGUGAUAUUUGUAGUCAUUGUUACUAUGUUAUAUGUCUUUUGUAUAAGCACUUAUUUGAUGUGGAGGUCUGUUUCCUCCAUGUAUUGUGUUCUACUGUGUACUUGAGAAUGAUGAUUGUUUUGAAUGAGAUGACAUGGAGAGACAAGUUUGACUUUGUUAUACAUGUUUGAGUGUGGCAGUAGAAGUGUGUAAAAACUCAUCUGCAAGUAUCAUUUCAUACAAGAUACAGGUGUCGUUAUGUCUGUGUGAAAAACUAAAUCAAAUAAGUUAUAAAAAUAUAUAUAUCUCAUCCUCAC